AUGUCCGACGCAAAGUCAGUCGCCUCUUCCGCCGACUCGGCCAGCGCGACCGACAGUGUCGCCGCUGCGCCCGCCUAUGAGGCACCCAACCCAUCCAUUCGACUUCUCUUCUCGCUUGUCUCUCGACGAGACUUUUUUGCCCUCAUUCUCCCCGCCAUCGUCCUCUCACUCGUCGCUGGUGGCGUCGCACCCUUCAUGACCUAUGUCAUCGGCCAGGUCUUCAACGCUUUCGCCGUCUUCGCCGUCUCCGACGCUUCCGCAACCGACAAGUCCACUCUUCGCCACCAAGUGGCACUCUCAGCACUUGAGCUGUUGGGCUUGGGCCUUGGUGCGCUUGCUCUCAGCAGCGCCACCUCGAGCUUGUGGAUUUGGACUGGCGAGCGCAACACCAUGCUCAUUCGCAAGCGCACCUACGCCUCGGUUGCCGCACGGGAGAUGUCUUGGUACGACACCAAGAUUGGGUCUGAGGACUCUGUGCAGUCCGCCGAUGGAAAUGACGGUCCUGUCGGCGCUGGUGGUCUUAUGGCGAAAUUCGCGAAGGACACCGAAGAUAUCCGCAUGGCGUCUUCGCUCGCCUGCGGCAUGAUUGUUCAGCACCUCACGACCGGCGUCGUCUGCGUUAUUCUCGGCUUCACCCGCUCCUGGCAGCUUACCCUCGUCAUCCUCACUACCGUCCCCGUCAUGAUGGUGAUCCAGUUUGUAACUCAGGUCACAGCUGGUCCCCUCAUUGGCGUCGAGCGUCAGCGCAUUGCGACUGCUGCGACUCUGGUCGACCGUGCUGUUAACGCGAUUGCUACCGUUAAGGCGUUCAAUGCCGAGGAAUCCGAGUUCGCCACCUUCACCACACUUGCCGAAAAGAUGCGCAAGGCCGCCUGGUCGCUCAACAAGACCUGGGCGUGGACCUCCGGUUUCACCCAGUUCACAGUCAUGGCGAUGUUUGUGCAAGGCUUUUGGUUCGGCGCCAAGCUCGUUCGUGACGGACACGCAUCGGCCGGCGACGUCAUGGCCGUCUUCUGGGCCUGCAUGAUCGCGACGACCAACCUCCAGAUGUGCAUCCCGCACUUUGUCACCCUCACCAAGGGUGAGGUGGCGAUGAGCUCCCUGGUCGCUCUCAUCGAGGCUCCUUCGCCUGCACCGCUUACCACGCACAUGCGCCGCCCCAGCCUCCUUACGACCCUCCCCGCGGCGCGCAAGUUGGGCAAGAACAUGCGCAAGCUCGCACCGACCAAGUGCCGCGGCUCCCUCGUCAUCAGCAACGUUUCUUUCGCAUAUCCCUCGCGUCCACAUGCGCCUGUUCUCACCAACGUCACGCUCUUCCUCGCCAGCAACGAUCUGACCUUCAUCGUCGGCGGGUCGGGCUCGGGCAAGAGUACUAUUGCGCAGCUUCUGCUCCGCAUGUACACGCCCAUGUCCGGCACCAUCACCCUCGACGAUCAGGAUGUGGAAUAUCUCGACGACGAGUGGACGCGUUCUCACGUCGGUGCUGUCAGCCAGAGCGCCAUUCUCUUCGACGGCACUGUCCAUGAGAACGUUGCGAUGGGUCUCGCGGCUCCCGGAAGCAAGCGCCGGCCGGAGGAUGCGACGCGCGAGGAGGUCGAGGCGGCUUGCAAGGUUGCGCUCAUGACACGCUUUAUUGAGGACCUUCCUCAAGGCUACGACACCCCUCUCGGUAACGGUGGCGCGAAUCUGUCUGGAGGACAGAGGCAGCGUCUAGCCAUUGCUCGCGCAAUGUUGCGCGACCCCACGAUCCUUAUUCUCGACGAGGCAACGUCCGCGCUGGACGCGACCUCUCGUAUUCUUGUCUUCGAAGCCAUCAAGCGCUGGCGCGCGAACAAGACGACCAUCGUCAUCACGCACGAUCUCUCGCAGAUCAACCCGACCGACUUCGUGUACGUUAUGCGCGACGGCGACGUUGCCGAGCAGGGCCACCGCAUCGACCUGGAGCAAAUCAAGGACGGCAAGAAGAGCCUUUUCCGCACGAUGGCGGAGACGCAGGGCGUGGAGAUGACGGAUACUACAGUCGACCCGUGGUCGCAUGAGGCCGAGGCGAGGCAUAACGCUUCGUUCGAGCGCCACUACGCUGCGGAGGAGCGCCGCCAAGAGGCGCGCCCCAUGUCUUCUAUGUCCGGCAACUGGAUGUUCGAGGCUAUUCACUCGAUCACCCGCCUCAACGCGCCACCCCCUGCCUACACUGCCGACCGUGCCAGCCGCUUCAUCCCGGCUGAGUCCUUCACCGCGUCUGCUGACUUCGAGCCGUACUUCCCUCCCCAGCGCCAGCGCCGCCCUAGCACACUCGCCAUCGACCUUCCCACCCCUGUCACGGCCCGCACGUCCAACAACACGCACCGUCUCUCGCUCCAAUUCUCGCCGACUUCGCCUGUGUACUCGAACCGCUCCUAUUCCACAUCGUCGACCUUGUUUGACGAUGCUGCGGAUGAGAAAGGCUUCCUCGAGUCCGUCGGCCUUUCCGCCAACGCGGACCGCUGGUCAGUCAUCAAGCCCACGAAGAAGCGCCGCACGCGCCGCGAUGUCAUGGCAAUGAUGCCUCUCCAGGAGGUCACCGUCGAGAAAGAAGCCGGUGCAAACAACGACACGCCCGCCGCAGAGCUCGGCCUGUUUGCACUUUUGAAGGCCGUCUACCCGACGGUCCCCAAGAAGUGGCUCGUCUUCCUCGGCCUCUGCGCAUGCGCUGUCAGCGGUGCCAUCACCCCUAUUUUCAGCUUCAUGCUCUCCAAGCUGUUCUACGAGGUCUCUGUCGGCGCUCGGAACGUCAGUGCCAUCAACGCCUUCGGCGGCGCCGUCCUCGCUAUUGCUGCGGCCGACGGUGUCUUCAUGGGUACCAAGUACUUCGUGCUCGAGACGGCCGCCAUGUUCUGGGUCACCAAGAUGCGCAACACCGCCUUCCGCCGCGUGCUCGCGCAGGACAAAGCCUGGUUCGACAAGUCGGAGAACAGCGGCGCGCGUCUUGUGCAGGUCAUCAUCAAGGACGGCGACGAUGCGCGUGGCUUGAUCGCUAUCGUUCUCGGCCAAGCGGUUGUCGUCAUCACGAUGUUCUCCGUCGGCUUGAUCUGGGCGCUCGUUUCGGGCUGGCAGCUUACCCUUGUGGGCUUCGCCAUUGCACCGGUCUUCGCGGCCACCAUGGUCGUCCAGACCAACUUGGUCACUAAGUUCGAGACGCGCAAUAAGCGCGCGCGCGAGGAGGUCGCCAAGGGUUACUACGACACGAUCCUGAACAUCCGCGGUAUCCGCUCGAUGGGCUUCGAAUCAGUGUUCAAGGCCCGUUUCGAUCGCUCGGCCGAUUCUGCGCUCAAGACUGGUGUCAAGGGUGCUUUCGUUGAGGGCUGCACAUACGGCGUUGCGAGCUCGCUCAUCUACAUGUCCGAGGGACUGCUCUUCUACGUUGGCGCACUUCUUGUGGCGAACGGCACGUACUCGUACGCGCAGUUCGUGCAGGUGCUUAACUUGGUCGUGUUCACGGUCUCCAUUGGCUCGCAACUCAUGGCAUUCACGCAACGCAUCGCCAAGGCCACUCAGGCUACCCGUGACUGGAAGCGUGUUCUGGAUCUUAACGAGGCUACGAACGAGUCCUACGGCUCGUCUUAUGCUCCUGUCCAAGGCACGAUCGACUUCAAGAACGUCGCUUUCGCCUACCCGGAACGCAAGGACGUCCCCGUACUCCGCGGCGUGAACCUUCAGAUCCGCGAUGGCGAAAGCGUCGCGGUCGUCGGUUCCUCCGGCUCGGGCAAGUCCACUGUCGCGGCGCUAUUGCAGCGCCUGUACGAGCCUUCGAUGGGUAGCGUCACUGUUGGCGGCACUCCCAUCUCGCACCUCGAUGUCCACCACUUGCGCGAGCACGUCGCUGUCGUAUCACAAAACCCCAACCUCUUCGACGCAACGGUCGCCGACAACAUCUCCUAUGGCGCACCGGGUCUGCCGCGCGCAGCCGUCAUCGAGGCCGCCAAAGCCGCGAACGUCCACGAAUUCAUCAUGGGGCUGCCUCAGCAGUACGACACCAUGGUUGGCGAGAACGCCGCGCUCAUCUCCGGUGGCCAGGCGCAACGUCUCCAGAUUGCCCGCGCAUUGGCACGACCUGCACGCAUCCUCAUCCUCGACGAAUGCACGAGCGCACUCGACGGCGCUAACCAGGCUGCUGUCCUUGAUACCAUCCUGGACGCGCGCGUUGGCCGCACGACGCUCAUGGUCACGCACAAGCUUGCUGCUAUGCGCAUGUGCGACCGCAUCGUCGUCCUCGACAACGGCGUUGUCGCUGAGAGCGGGACGUACGAGGAGCUCGUCGAGCGCCGCGGUGUCUUCUCGCAACUCGCGUUGGGCGGCGAGUGGUCCUUGUAA